AUGAGUGGAGAGAGAAUAAUACUUGUCACGAAGGCUUCGGCUACUCACUGCCGGCACUGGGAGGAUGGCCCGGAGAACAUCUGUGCUAUCAACCGGUCGCAUUCGGAUAUGGUCAAGUUUGGGGUUGAGGACCAUGAUUAUGAGUCGGUACGGGGGAAACUUGAGGCCCUGGCGCAACGAGCGCUUACCGUACAAAGCCGAUUGAGGGCUGGGAAGACAAACUUUCUCGUACCAUACAACCAAAACCCAGACUACAUUGGCCGCCUUGAGACAUUAGACACUAUCAAAGAAACACUUGGCUACGGCAAGAGCCAGACCACACGGUACUCGAGAGUGUCGCUUUUUGGCCUCGGUGGAGUUGGGAAAACACAGAUUACACUGGCAUUUUCUUAUUGGGUCAGAGACAACUAUUCGGACGUUUCUAUCUUCUGGGUUCAUGCAGCUAGUACAGACCGUUUCCGUCAGGCGUUCACAUCCAUGGCUGCAGAAUUCCAGGUCCCUGGACAUGACGACAGCAAAUCUGACGUGCCAAUGCUCCUUCGCAGAUGGCUAGAGAGGGAAGAGCGUGGGCGUUGGGUUAUGAUCAUCGACAACGCUGACGACAAGGAGCUUUUCUUUGCACGAGAGACAGGAAGAGCCAACACUUCCAAAGAAACGAGCGUCCAAUCAUCGAGUCGAUUGAGCGAUUAUCUCCCUGAUUGCGCCCACGGAUCCAUCUUGAUCACGACCAGGGACAAGAAGGCCGCGUUGCGGUUUUCUCAAGGAAAGCCAUCCAUCAUUGAGAUUGAAAAAAUGAAUCAAAACGAGACAGUGCAGUUACUACAAAAGACUCUAGGCAAGGAAGCUUCCCUCGAGGAUGCCGAAAGCCUUGCAGCCCGGCUUGAGUACCUCCCAUUGGCCCUUGUCCAGGCUGCUGCAUUCAUACAAGAGAACAGCAUUUCAAUCAGGGAGUACCUCCAACUCCUGGAUGAGAGUGAUGAGAAUUUGGUGGACCAGUUGAGCGAGCCAUUCACCACCGUCGGUCGAGACUCGGACGUACCCAAUAAAGUCACAACCACAUGGAUCGUUUCUUUCAACCAAAUCCAACAACGGGGCGCCCUUGUUAGUCAGAUUCUAUCAUUCAUCUUUCUUCUGGACCGUCAAACUAUUCCAAAGAAAUUCGUUUCACGGUAUUGUAACUGA